AUGGAGGCAGUUCGCUCCCACCUAAUCCGCUGGGUCCACCGGCGAUAUGGGUCUCUAUCAUACAAAUUGGUGCAGGUUCUCACCGGACAUGAAUAUUUCGGCGAAUACCUGCACCGGGUUGCAGGUCGGGAGACGACCCCUGUCUGUCACGAGUGUGGCGCUCCCGUCGAUACACGGCACGCGGUAGUGGGCGGAGAUCUCUCGCUAUCGACCAUCGUGGGCGCGAUGCUCGACAGUCAGAGGUGUUGGGAUGCAAUGGUCUUCUUCUAUGAAAGCGUACUUUCGCACAAGGAGGCCUCGGAACGGCUCAAAGAGGACGACCCCCUCGCUGACCCGCUCCGUAGACGGCGACUGGGGAGAAGAAGGAGGCAGUACGCCCACCUUCUUCCCCCGCUGUAG